UCUCUGACGUCGGGAGGGGACGGAAGUGAUGCAGCUCGUGUGUUCCUCGAUCAGCUAAUCCGUGUUGAUGAUGGAAAUUUUUCCUAGAUCUGAUCACAUCAUGGUGAUGCUUGAUUGAAAACAACCGUGCGUCAUUAUUCAUAUUUGUUUUCCUGCCGUGCGGAGAGAUGGAUCCGUCCCGGAGGAGCGAGAGCGACUGGCAGGCGCUGGUCAACGAGUUCCUCAUUUGUAAGCAGAAGUUGGAGAGUAAGAAAGAAGCUCUUCUGAUUCUGUCAAAGGAGCUGGACACCUGCCAGCAGGAGAGGGAUCAGUACAAACUGAUGGCCAACCAGCUACGUGAGCGACACCAAGGACUCAAGAAGAAGUACAGAGAACUCAUCGAUGGAGAUCCCUCUCUGCCUCCUGAGAAAAGGAAUCAAGUGAAUUUAGCUCAGCUACUGAGAGACUCCAGAGAAAAAAACAGUCAACUUGCUGAGGAGGUGAAGGAGCUAAAACAACGACUGGUGGAAGCUCAAGGUGAUAACAAGCUUUUACGAAUGACCAUUACCAAACAGAGGCUGGGAGACGAGGAGGUUGGCUCUCGACACUUCCCUGCUCAUGAACGAGAGGAUCUGGUCAAACAGUUAGAAAAGGCCGGAAAGCAGAACGAGGUACUGGAGCACAGCGUUAAGUCUCUCACAGACGAGCUUCAGGACGUACGAGCAGAGCGCGACGUGUUUCAGCAGAAAGCUCACCGUCUUAAUGUGGAAAUGAACCACAUUUUGGGCAACGAUGAGAUACGCAUUUUAGACAUAGAUGCACUCUGCAUGGAGAACAGGUAUUUGCAUGAACGGUUCUGUCAACGUCAAGAGGAAAUCAAUUUGCUCAAAACAAACCUGGUGAAGUACAAGAGUGCCCUGGACUGUAGGAAAACUUCUAAAAUCUGUGGGAAACCCAACAGCAGUGCACUGACUGGGGUGCUCUCUGCUAAACAAGUGAAGGAAUUGUUACUGUCUGAAGAAAACGGCUGCAGUUUGCCCGUGACUCCUCAGUCCAUCUCAGACCUCAAGUCACUCGCCACAGCUCUGCUGGAAACCAUCCACGAGAAGAACAUGGUGAUUCAGCACCAACGCCAAAUCAACAAGAUUCUUGGAAAUCGAGUAGCAGAGCUGGAGAAGAAACUAAAAACAUUAGAAAUGUCUGGAAUAUGGAGCCUGCCAGGAGGAAAAGACAACAUCAUCCUGCAUACUCAACAGGCUGACUCAGCAGAGUCUCAUGGACAGGAAGGUGAUGAAGGCUCAGAAAAAAUAUCUGUCAAUCAGCAGAGCUCCACAGAAGUCCCAAUCCAAGAGAGUGGACCACCAGCUGUGUCAGGCAGUCAAGAGGAGCUUCCUGAGGACACCCCAUCCAGCGAGGAGACGUACCAGCCGUACCUCUCGUACCAGUCAGCUGAGGAAGAGCAAGUCAGCCCUCAGACAGAAACACCAGACAGUGAAGAGUGUCAUGAAAGUGGUCAAUCACAGGUAACCACUGAUUUAACAGAUUUAACGAGUCACCGGUCAAAAGAAGAGAAGUGUGUAAGUGAUUCUUCUCCCACACACCAUCCGUCAGACCUUUGCCACUUACAGCAAACCUUAGAGAACUCUGACCCCACAGGAGGAGGAGAGAAUGACUCAGAUGAAUGCACAGAAGGGUUGGAAACUGUUGAAACCGAGGAAAAAAUCAAAAGCACAAUAUCCAGUGCUGCCACUGCAAUUUUUGACGAAGGGCAGGCCGACUUCCAGACAAACCAGGAGAAAGAGCUUUCAGAUGGGACAGAUGCUUGUGUUAGUCAGGAAAUGUCAAGUCUUUCAUGAGCCGCUGACAGGUUGCAGAGCAUCGGGAGAAAUCCUCAGCAGUGUUUCCUCUAGGGUUUUUUUUCCAGCAGGAGGGGGAGGGUUAGGGUUAACAGAAAGUUUGCUGAUCCCAGACCGCCCCGACUCCCUGCCAGAUCAGCAAACUUUCUGUUACCGCUGUUACACAGGUUAGACCCACUGGCCACCAGCACGCUGUGCUGGCUAAAUUCAAGUUGCUAUAGACGCUAACUGAAGGUCCGUCUCCGGAGCUCUCCGGGUGGGCUAGCUAGCAAAAGUGGACUUUGAGUGUGAUUGACAUCCUAUCACUGUUCCAGUUGCUCAUCCUCACAGCGGAGAGAGUGCGGACAACCGUAUGUUUUGAGUUCAGUAGAGCAGACGGCUCAGCAGAGUCGUAUAAUUGCAACUCCAUGACAUUUCAUAAAAUUCUGAAACUGUGGCCUUAAUAAUUUUGCAGUGGCGGGCCUAGGUAACACUGCUCAGAAACAUAAGGACGAGUAAUGCAUUUGUAAUAUGAUGUUACUUUAUUUAUUUUUAUGAAUAAUGAAAACAUUUGGAGAAAGUGACACUACUUGUUGAUAUAGAUGCCUUGGGUUAAAACAGCAGUCCCCCUAAGUAUUAUUCUACAGCAGGGACGUGCACAGACAUUUUGGGGGGGCGGAGGCUCAAGUAAAAAAUUAAAACCAAUUAUUGUGACACUACAUGAAGGAUUUUCUCAUUAAUGUAACCCUGUCAAAGUAGUAAGCAAUAAGAGUAAAGCUAAAAUAAAUCUUACUGUCUGUAACUGAUUAUCUAAUUCCUCCUUUCAUUUGAUCCAUUUUGAGUCUCAUACAUGGCCCAAAGAAUGUCAAAAUCUGAACAUAACACCCGAAUGUGAUUGCCCAACAGUAAUGUACUGCUACAACAACCUUCACUCUACUGGGAUUGUUUUUCCACAAAAUUUUGGAACAAACAUUGGCAGAGAUUUGCUCCCAUUCAGCCAAUAGAGCAUUAGGUUGGGCAAUAAAGCCUGGCUCGUAGUCCAGUUAAUCCAAAAGGUGUUGGAAGUGAGAACUCUGUGUAUGUCAUUCAAGUUCUUCCACACCAUUGUCAUGUUGACACAGGAAAGGGUUAUUCCCAAACUGUUUGCCACAAAGUUUGAAGCUUUACAUGGUGUAUGUAUCAGAGGUGUAGUGUGGAAAAACUGUGAUUUAUGGUGAUAAAAAGUAGAAAAAGAGCAGUGGAAUGAGGCUGAUAUGGCUAUCAUGCUACAAAGGUGUGAGGAUUUAAUUUUUUUUUUUUGCCUAUGAACUUCACAGUGAAGGAGAAUGUAAUUUGCAAACGGUUUCUGCUGUUAACUCUGAAGUAAGACACUGAUUCAGGUUUCACAUAGAAAUGUUGUUUCUAUGUUGUUAUUCUUCUGUCUCAGACUGUUUUGUAUGUACAGUCAAUUCUGUAAAGUGUCCUUGGGAUUUGUGAAAGGCACUAUACAGUAUACAUGUAGGUUAAUAUAAAUGAACAAUACAUUGAGAGUAAGACGUGUUUUAGAAAUUAAAAAAGCUUCCUCCAACGUUAAAGAAACCAUAUCUUAUUGAUCACUACGUCAACAAACAGACCUCCAGCUGUUGUGAUUUAAGAUAAGCAGCAGCUUUAUUUUGUUUCUUCAAACAUAAAAACAUUUCCCAACAGUUUUAUUUCUUAUUGUCUUGAAUUUUACAAUGUGGGACACUUUGCUUUUCUAGCUAAGCACUCUUAUACAAGUUUUUAUGUUUAAUAAUGAAACACAAUAGUAUGAAAGCUAUACAAAAUGUUGCAUAUUUAUUGAUUAAAAGGAAGCUGCAUUUUCUUUAACCCAUGCUCUUAUUUAAUUCCUUGAAAGGCAUCUUCAAAACUUAUAUUUAAUUUACAAGAACACCUUAGUUAAGAAUACAUUUACAGAACAUGUGAGUCUGUAACACAAUGAAGCCAAACCAUGUAGAUUACCAGCACUGAUGUCUCAGUUGUGUUUUUGUGGUGAAAAAUAUUAACUCACAAGAUAGAAAUUACUAGUACUAGUACUUAGAGCUAUGUGUUUCUGUUGAAUGUGUACAAAAAUGGAUUUGUUUCUGUAAAAUAAAAGAUUUUCAACUGCU